GCGCACGCACGGGCGCACACAAAGCGCCCAUUUGCUUCAAAUUUUGGGGUCCCAGCAUUCGGUGUUUGUUUGAGACAGUGAGAGAGAGAGAUGCUAUCGCUGAGAAUUUGCUCACGUCCGUUUGCGAUUUCGAAACCCCGAAAAUGUCUCGAGCAGACACUCAAGCUUACGUGUCCACGAAAAGUUUCGCAGAGUAGCCCUAGAAGCCUGUGUUUCUGCGCGAAACCGAUUGAGCCAAAUGGAUUCGCUUCUGCCUCUUCAACUUUUGAAAAUCAUCUUCCCCACGAUUCGCCUCUUUCUGGAGUGGAGGAUGUUUUAAUGAGCUAUAUAUUUGGCAAGAAGAGGGCAACAGAAGUUGCUCACUCGGUCUGGAAACAUGUAGUCCAGAAAGGGGAUACAGUCAUUGAUGCCACUUGUGGAAAUGGCUAUGAUACCUUAGAAAUGCUCAAAAUGGUCGCUGAUGAAUCAGGUAGGGGAUGUGUUUAUGCAAUGGACAUUCAGAAGGAUGCUUUAGUGAACACUUAUUCCUUGCUGGAACAGUCACUCAAUCCAAAUGAGAUAGAGCUUGUCAAGCUCUUGCCCAUAUGCCACAGUGAAAUGGACAAAGUUGUUUCAGAGAAUGCCUCCGUGAGGCUUGUUGCUUUCAACUUAGGUUUCCUUCCUGGUGGUGACAAAGCAAUAAUCACAAAGCCAGAGACAACAUUACUGGCACUGGAAGUUGCAAAAAAAAUCCUAAUGCCUGGAGGGCUGAUCAGCUUAGUGGUUUAUGUGGGGCAUCCUGGCGGAUGGCAAGAAUGGGAGACUGUACAAACUUUUACUUCUGGGUUGCCAGUUGAUAACUGGGUCUGCUCAAAGUUCCAGAUAUUAAACAGACCUUGGGCUCCAAUACCCGUUUUCUUAUUCAAAAGAUGAUUCCCAGCUGUAAGAAUUUUUUGUACCAUAUUAACCUCUUCCUAUCCAACGGUUAUAUCUAUGUAUAUAAUUGGAAUUUGCUUAAAUCACAUUGCUUGUCUUGCCUCUUUCCGGUUUGUAGUAUUUUUCAACACUCGGUUCUG